AUGAGACAGGUGAAAGAUGGCGAGGAGGGUCAGAGGUGCCUGGCAGCUGUACACACCAGGCUGGUGAUGCCCGAGAGACGUCAGACGUCAGAAGCUCCGCCCCUGGGUUCCCGUCACCACCCGCAGGAUCCCUCCCACGCGAAGCUCCGCCCGCUCGCGAGAAGCUCCGCCCAUAGGAACCCGCCCACGAGAAGUCCCUCCUUCCCUCCCACCUGCGAGCACGGAUCUCAGGAGAAGCUCAGUCCGUGGGAAGCCCCGCCUACGACAGUCUCGCUGCCUGGCUUGCAGAGAUUUGGGCUAUUUUGGAAACCUGUGAACGAGGAGUGGGCACUGAGCAUGGCGACGGGCUCCUCCUUGCUGCUUUGCUCGGCACUGCUGGCCCUGGGGUGCGCGCUGGGCCUGCGCCUGGGCCGCGGGCGGAGCGCUGUGGAGCGUGGGGUGCUCGCCUGGCUCUGUUACGAUGCCCUGGUGCACUUCGUGCUGGAAGGCGCUUUCGUCUACUUGUCUUUAGUAGGAAACGUUGCAGAUUCCCAAGGCUUGAUUGCAUCUUUAUGGAAAGAAUACGGCAAGGCUGAUGCAAGAUGGCUGUAUUUUGACCCAACCGUUGUGUCUCUGGAAAUUCUGACUGUUGUCUUGGAUGGGAUUCUGGCACUGGUUCUCAUUUAUGCCAUAGUCAAGGAGAAAUAUUACCGGCAUUUCAUACAGAUCACCUUGUGUGUGUGUGAACUCUACGGUGGCUGGAUGACCUUCUUCCCCGAGUGGCUUGUUGGAAGCCCCAACCUCAACACCGAGAGCUGGCUCUACUUUUGGGUCUACUUGCUGUUUUUUAAUGGCUUGUGGGUUCUGAUCCCUGGCCUGCUGCUGUGGCAGUCAUGGAUGGAGCUGAAGGAGACACAUUACCAAAGGGCCCACUUAGGGAAAAAGCACUUGUAAAUUCUCAAAACAUUCCAUGUGAAGUUCUGCUUUGUGAGUCAGAAUUGAUCAGAUAUUCCAAUAAAUACUUUGUUUUUCAGUGUUGUUCCAAACAGCCAUCACAGAUGGGUUGGAAGGUGGCAACUUUGCUGUUUGCUUUUGUCUUUAUUACACGAUAAUAUAACGAAAAGAGGGGCUGUGGGGUGAGGUGCUUGCCUGGCACUCACAAGGCCCUGAGUUGCACUCUCAGCUGCAGAAGGUGGUGGCGGGUAAGUUUUCACUUGUAAUAAGAUCAUGUUUAACAAGAUACUCUUAUGACUUGCAUAAUUGUUAUGCCAAUAAAAGUAAAUGAAUAUUGCAGAAUAGUGUAAGGAGUAGUAUAAAUUUUUAUUCCAAAAAUAUAUUUUCCUUCAGCUUUAAUUCUUCUCAGUGGUCUCUUUGGGUUAGUGGUUUAAACCUAGAAGUAAAAGAAAUGAUUCUGUCUUGUACUUAAAUUUUUUAAAAUUUGUGCACCAGGAGAAAAUAGUAGCAGUACCUGAAGCAGUAGUGUUUGUGUGUACUUGGCAAGCUAAGGCAGUUCAUGGGUUUUAGGCAAGUCUUGUUGAC